AACUAUUUGGUAAAUGAUUCUGAGUCUAAUACAGCUGAUAGUUCUUAUGAAAUGUAAUGAAAAUUUAUUUUUAGUUCUUAGAUAGGCCAGUACUCUGCGUCUAUGGUCUUCGUAAUUUUUUAACUGUUCAUACCUAAUUCAUAUCGUAAAUAACGUAGAAGUAAAUAAACAUUCACCGCCCGGCUUCCUAUAAGUUCUAUAGGUACAAUACGUAGCUGAAAUUAAAUAUAAUAAACUAAUUAUCGAAUUGUAAAAUACUAAUUUUUAUGUUAUAUGGCUUACAAAAAUACCAAUUGAUGAUUUACAAAGAUUACAUAACCUCAAUCUAAAAUGGCAACUAGAACAAUAUUAGUUGGUGGUGGCACCGGUUUUGUGGGGACACGCUUGAAUAAGCUUCUAAAAGUUAGCAACUGUAAUGUCAUUAAUGUAUCUCGAAUGCCUGCUGCUAAUAAUAUAUCUUGGACUGCAGUAGAAAGUUCAGGCUUGCCACCUGGCACCAGCGCUGUUGUUAAUCUUGCUGGACAACAAUUUCUGGAUUUCACAAAAUCAUGGACCACAGGCUUUAAACAAAAUGUUUUUAAUUCCCGAGUUUACACAACAAGAGCGCUAGCUACAGCCAUAAAUACAACUCAAAAUAAACCCAAGGUAUUCGUGUUAGUCACCGGUGUUGGGGCAUAUGAACCAUCUGAAACUAAGAAAUAUGAUGAAUCCAGCCCAACAACAGGACAAGAUUUCUUUUCAAAACUACUUGUAGAUUGGGAAAAGGCUGCUACUAUAGAUCCACCUGUGAGACUAGUAAUAAUAAGGUCUGGUGUAGUAAUUGGUCGUGAGGGUGGGAUGAUUAAAAACAUGUUUUUGCCAUUUUAUUUUGGACUUGGUGGUCCAAUUGCAUCUGGCAAACAAUUUCUACCAUGGAUACAUAUAGAAGAUUUAAUAAGAUUAAUACAAUUCUCCAUAGAAUGCGAAGAAGUUAAAGGCAUAUUGAAUGGUGUUGCACCUCACAUCGUCACAAAUGCGGAAUUUACGAAGACAUUUGCUAAGGCGCUGUCGCGACCUGCCAUAUUUCCAGUGCCGGAGUUUAUAUUGAAUUUACUUCUCAAUGAGGAACGUGCAAUGUUGUUAACAAAAGGACAACAUGUUACGCCUAAACGAACCUUGGAAUACGGAUUCAAAUAUAAAUAUCCUAAGAUUGAGGAUGCAUGUAGAGAAUGUGCACAUCUUUUACCCAACAACUAAUAGGACUGUGUUAAUCUCUCAUUAUUUAGAAGUAGUAGUCUGUUUUUUAUACUCAUAUAAUGUGUGAUAUGUUUGCAAUGGUGUUGAAAUUAACUUAAGUUUCAAAAAGUAUGUUUAAUAAUUUAUUCUCAUAUAUUAUGUAAGAACUGUCCAGUAAGUUGAUUUAUCUCUCAAGACCGUUAAGCUUAAGUUGCAUUAUUGUUUAUUAUUUACACGUUAAGUAUUACGCCAAAUACUUACUGUCAAUAGGAAAUCAAUAUAUUUAUACAUAAAAUGUUUUUAAAAUUA